GCCGCGCGGGAAGCCGAAGGGCCCCAAUGUAUUGAUUGCAGAGUUGGGACUCAAGCCAGAGAUCUCACAGAGGGCCCCGAUGACCCUCCAGGGUCUGCUGUCUUCCAAGAUGACUCCUCUGGGCAUGCUGUUUGGGUUGCUGAUGGCCUCCUGCUUUAACUUCUGCCUCAGCCAUCAGAAUCUGAACAAGUUUGCGCUGACCAACCCAGAGAAGAGUAGCACCGAAGAAACAGAGAAAAGGGAAAGCGAAGCAAAGGAGAAGCUGGACCUGGAGGGCCUGGAGGUGUUUUACCCGACCGAUGAGUGGCAAGCUCUUCGCCCAGGCCAGGCUGUCCCUGCAGGAUCUCAUGUGCGACUGAAUCUUCAGACUGGGGAAAGAGAAGUGAAACUCCAAGAUGAGGACAAAUUCCGAAAUAAUCUGAAAGGGUCAAGAAAAGGCAAAAGGCUGGACGUAAACACAAAUGCCUACACAUCGCAGGACCUCAAGAGUGCACUGGCAAAACUCAAGGAGGGGGUCAAGAUAGAGGGUUCAAAGGAAGACAAGGCAAGGCAGGCAGAGGUAAAGCGCCUCUUCCGCCCCAUUGAGGAACUGAAGAAGGACUUUGCUGAGCUGAAUGUUGUCAUUGAGACUGACAUGCAAAUCAUGGUACGGCUGAUCAACAAAUUCAAUAGUUCCAGCUCCAGUCUGGAAGAAAAGAUUGCCGCACUCUUUGAUCUGGAAUAUUAUGUCCAUCAGAUGGAUAAUGCUCAGGACCUACUUUCCUUUGGGGGUCUCCAAGUGGUGAUCAAUGGGCUGAACAGCACAGAGCCUCUGGUGAAGGAGUACGCUGCAUUCGUGCUGGGAGCGGCCUUUUCCAGCAAUCCGAAAGUCCAGGUGGAGGCUGUUGACGGAGGAGCCCUGCAGAAGCUGCUGGUCAUCUUGGCUACCGAGCAGCCUCUUGCCACAAAGAAGAAGGUCCUGUUUGCGCUGUGCUCCUUGCUGCGGCACUUCCCCUAUGCGCAGCAGCAGUUCCUGAAGCUGGGCGGGCUGCAGGUGCUGAGGAGCCUGGUGCAGGAGAAGGGCACCGAGGUGCUGGCUGUGCGUGUGGUCACCCUGCUCUACGACCUGGUCACUGAGAAGAUAUUUGCUGAGGAGGAGGCCGAGCUGGCCUGGGAGACGUCCCCGGAGAAGCUGCAGCAGUACCGCCAGGUGCACCUCCUGCCAGGCCUGCGGGAACAGGGCUGGUGCACCAUCACUGCCAGCCUCCUGGCGCUGCCUGAGCAUGAUGCCCGCGAGAAGGUGCUGCAGACGCUGGGUGCCCUCCUGACCACCUGCCGAGACCACUACCGCCAGGACACCCAGCUGAACAGGACGCUGGCCAGCCUGCAGGUGGAGUACCAGGUGCUGGCCGAGCUGGAGCUCCAGGAGGGCGAGGCCGAGGGCUACUUCCGGGAACUGCUGGCCUCCAUCAGCAGCUUGCAGCGGGAGCUGAGAUGAGGCAGCCCUGCCCACUACCCCACCCCACCCCACCCCAACCGGAUGGGCCUGGCUGCUGCUAUUGAGCCCAGAGACACCAGCUGGGUGGGACUCUGCGGGAUACCGGGCAGGAUGGGGGGCUCCCCAGGGCAUGGGGAUCACCUGGGCAGCGCUAGCUUGGCCAUUAAAUGGAGGCAACAGGG